AUGGCAUUUCCUUCGCAGAUCAAUAAUAAGGGCAGUAGAAAGGACGUAAAAGUAAAAAUUUCCAGGCGCCCCAUACUCCAUACUCCGUACUCUUCCAUCGGUGAGGGCGCGAGCGGACGAACUGAUGGCUGGUGGCUGGGGCGCCCACAACCCUAUUUCGCUGACCUGCCUACCAAUUUCACGGUUAUAUCGGGUCAAACAGCCUACCUGACCUGCAGAGUUCACAUGCUUGGAGACAGAUCUGUCACGUGGAUGCGAGUCCGUGAUCUCCACAUCCUGACGGUCGGACUCGUCACCUAUUCCGCCGACGAGAGGUUCCAGGUCCUACACAGCGGAGAGACAGACGACUGGACUUUGCACGUGCAAUUCAGUCAACCACGUGACUCGGGUGCCUAUAAGUGCCAGGUCAACUCCGACCCGAAGAUAGUCCGCAAUGUUUACCUCAGUGUCACAGACAAACGUCUUCUUGAUGGACAGGUCUAUAAGAUGCCUCCUUCACAUGCCAAAAAAGGAGGCUACGGGACCUACAUCAUCGGAGGCGUCGAGAGGUUCCUGCAGGCCGGGUCGUCUCUGUCGCUCGUGUGCGUCGUCACCCACACCCUCGCCCCCCCCACGGCUGUGCUCUGGUACAGGGACGACACCGAACUCGAUUACGACUCCCCGAGGGGCGGUAUCUCGCUGCAGGUAGAGAAAACGGGAGACCGAACCACGUCACGUUUACUCCUCUCGACUGUCAGAAAUACAGACUCGGGAAACUACUCCUGUGUCCCUGUGAACGCCCCAAGAGCUUCGGUGUAUGUGCAUGUCAAUACAGACGAGCUGAGAGCGGCGGUCCAGCAGGGAGGAGUGAGUCACGGUAGCGGCGGCGGAGGGGGGCGGGGGUCGCUGUUCCUACUGCUGACCUGCUUCUGCUUGGCGGGGGCCCAUCGCGGCUUCCCGCUGUCCUAG